UUUGCUUUUUAAUAAGUGAUACAAAAUGGCUCAUGUAAGUAUCUACGAAAUAUAUUGAUGUUUAAUAGUACAUUUUUACAUUGCGUUCAUCUCAUCUCAUCAUUGAUAUACCAACUUUUUCAAUCAACAAAGGCAGCACCUAUGACCAGAGAUCAGACGAUGAUUUUAGUGCAGCUUGUGGCUGCUAGUAAAAUCAUUAACUGUAAGGCAACCAAUGCGACGAAUAAUAAACUCAAGGAGCAAGCGUGGCAAGAUUUGACAAAUGAGUACAAUUCUUCGGUCACAAGUUUUCCACGAACUCCUUCGCAGUUGCGUUUAAAGUGGGAAAACCUCAAGAAAUCAGCUCGCAAACGCUGCGCAACUAUGAGAAGUAGAUGUAAUAAGAUUUUUAAAAAUUGGUUUGUUACAAUUCUCUUGCCUAACCCUUGCGAAUGUAUCUCUAAUGGUAUGGAUAAAAAUAUUGGUUGGCCAUCAUUAAUAUUUUUAUUUUUUUUUACAGCAAAGCGAAAACACAAACUAGAAGAAGAGAAGUGUAAGGCACGCAUAAAUAGAGACAAUGCUUUAGCUGAGUAUCUGAUAGUGAAAAAGAAAAAAGUUGAAUUAGAACUAGAGGAAAAAGAAAUUAUAAUUGCGAAACUUAAGGUGGAGUUAGAGAAUGCAAAAUUAGAAAAUUUAAAAUUAAAAAAUGAUUUAAAUAAAUAG